GACGCCGUCUCCUCUGCUCUGCUCUGCUCUGCUCUCUCUCUCUCUCUCUUCCUCAUUCCGCUUGCCUGCCAAGCGACGAUCGCAGAUGAUCAAAUCUCACCGUUUCUGACAUCGAUCGCAAACAAGACCCAUCCAAAUGCGUAAUCAUCGACAGUCGUGGACUCCCUAUCUUGUCAUCUUCCUCUGUUCCGUUCUUCUGACCUUCUCGCCUUCUCUCUCCGAUGACGGCGAGCUGUUCCGGAGCUGCGGGAAACGGCCGUUCACCUGCGGCGAACGCACCGUGCAAGUCGCCUACCCAUUCAACACCGCCGACAGACCCAAUUCUUGCGGCCACCCGAGCUUUGAGCUCAACUGCAACACUUCCGGUAGCUCUGCCAUAACCAUUAACGUGGGCCGUAAGACGUACGUAGUGACGGACGACAUCGAUUACUCCGAUCACCUGAUCACGCUCCUCGACCAGAGUUUCUUCGACAGGCCUUGUCCACUGCCGUCGGAGAACACUGAUAUCAACACGACUCUGUUCUCCUACACCGAUCGCGAUGUCGAAGUCACCUUCUUUUUCUAUUGCCCCUCCUCUAUCGUUGCGCAACUUCUCCACAUCGAGUGUUCUUCCACUCUGCCCUUGUACUUUUGGCCGAACUCUAGCUGGCCCCAGUGGGCACUUCCUUGUAGCAGCUUCCGCGUUCGGAUGGAUAGCACGGCGGUGGAUAGGAUGAUGUCCAAUAACAUAAGCUACGCCCAGGCACUUCAGGAGGGAUUCACAGUCACAUGGAAUGAGAGUGUACAGGGAAACUGCGGCCAGUGCAUCAACUCCGGCGGGGUUUGUGGGUACAACAACUCUAGGCAAGUCUGUUUCUGCUCAAACAAUGGCUCGGCCACAGAAAGCUUUUGCAAUCCUCAAGGAAAUUCUAGCGGGAAAACUGGAGUCAUAAUUGGAGCCGCCGCCGGCGUAGGAGGUUUGGCCGCCGUAAUCUUCGUCGGCGUUUGCUGCUACUGCCGUCGGAGGAACAGAGUUCCAGAGGAAACACAACAGCAGCAGAAUGCAAUUCUGCUGGCUCAAACCACCUUUAGCAUCGAAGCGAGUCCCCAAAUUAUAGAGGCGAGUCCCAAAAAAGCUCCUGAAAUUUUCCGUCGUGUCGAAGAACCGCUUAAAAUCGAUAGUAGUAAAAACAAGAUUUUUGAGUACAAGGAGCUCCACGAGGCCACCAAUGGUUUCGUCAGCUCCAACGAACUCGGCAAUGGCGGCUUCGGCAUUGUUUACAAAGGGCACCUUCGCGACGGCCGCACGGUGGCCAUCAAGCGUCUCUACGAGAACAGCCACCGCCGGAUGCAGCAAUUCCGAACCGAAGUUGCCAUCCUCUCCUCCCUCCGCCACCCCAACCUCGUUAGCCUCUACGGCUCCACCGCCCGCGACAGUCGCGAGCUCCUCCUCGUCUACGAGUACGUCCCCAACGGCACGAUCGCCGACCACCUCCACGGCGCCCGCGCCACCGACCGCGGCCUCCCCUGGAGCACCCGGAUGAGCAUCGCCAUCGAGACUGCAGACGCGCUCAGCUUCCUCCACACCUUCAAUAUCGUCCACCGCGACGUGAAGACCGACAACAUCCUUCUUGACGGCGACUUCCGGGUCAAGGUCGCCGACUUCGGCCUGUCCCGUCUGUUCCCACCCGACGCUACGCAUGUCUCGACGGCGCCGCAGGGCACGCCGGGGUACGUUGACCCGGAGUACCACCAGUGCUACCGGCUCACCGAUAAAAGCGACGUGUACAGCUUCGGGGUGGUGCUGGCGGAGCUGAUAUCGUCGAAGCCUGCCGUGGACGUCCAACGGCCGCGGAACGACAUCAAUCUCUUCAACCUGGCAAUGAGCCGGAUCCAGAAAAACGAAUUGGAGGAGCUGGUGGAUCCGCGGCUGUGGCGGCAGUCGAACGGGGAGGUGAUUUGGAUGAUCAGGCAGGUGGCGGAGGUGGCGUUCAGGUGCUUGCAGGAGGAGAGGGAGAUGCGUCCGACGAUGAGCGAGGUUCUCGAUGCGCUAAGGGGGAUCGACGACGUGAGCCGCAACGGAGCGAAGUGGAGUGCUGCGAAGCUCGACGAGAUCAGACCGCCGGGAUCGCCGGACAAUGUAAUCGCAGCGUGGGAAAGCAAGAAAACGACGCCUAACGCCAGCGCUUAGUUAAUUCCCGAAAAGGUCAUUGACUUUUGCGUCGGCUAAGCUCGCUCUUGCUAUUGGCCCGCUUAGUCAUAAUUAAUUUGUUUUUUUUUUUUGAUAAUUAGUUCAUUGUUUAGAGACAUUUAAUUAGGUUUUACUAUGAUAUUUUUCAUGUA